AUGGAACGCCAAGAACAUCGAGAUAUGGAUGAUGAACAAGAAGAACAUACUAUUGGUAGUCUUGAUACAUCUAUGGAUAGAUAUCUUGAACAUCAUGGACUUUGGAGAAAACGUAUUCCACAAGAUGGAUCAAGUUUGUUUCGUGCUGUAUCAGAAGAUUUAUUCUCGACUCAAGUUCAUCAUUAUGAUGUUCGAUUAAAAUGUAUUGAAUAUAUGGAAUUGAAUGCUAAUGAAUAUAGUCCAUUAAUUACAAUGCCAUUAUCAAAAUAUUUAACUCAUUUAAAAGAUCCAACUACACCAGGUGGUAUGCUUGAAGUGGAAGCACUUGCGAGAUGUUAUCGUGUUCGUAUGGUUGUUUAUUCUGGUAAAGAUCAUGAUCCUGUUGAAUGUCAAUAUGGUUCGAAAACAAUUAUGCUUUCAUUAAUUGGUUAUCAAUUUGAUCGAGUUAUUACAGAAGAACGUCGCCGCCUGUUGGGUAUUGUACAAGGUAAAAAUUUUGUGUUUCAUGUAGAGUGCUGCACGAGUGCACUUUUUGCCACCCGAAACCGAACCGGAGCUUUUUUUCCGUACCCGAGUCCGAACCGGCCCGACAACUCCGUACCCGAACCCAAACCGGACCCGAAUAACUCGACCGGGUACCCGGCCGGCAGCCGUUUAUAAGUAUAACACACGCGGCUACCAUUAUCACGUAUAAUCAAUUUCAAACUUUAUUUCAUACGAAAUAUUAUACAAUCUACUUAAAUAAAUAAACAACAAAAACACAUCUGAAAUUACGUAAAAAAAAAGGGGGAACCCACGAAUUUAAAGCCGAGGGUUAUGGGUACUUCAAAAAGUAAAAACACAGAAGCAAUUUCCGUUUAAGUAUCUUUGCAAUAGUGACUUAGUCAUCUUUUUUCUUAAUGUUUUAUAUACCAUUUUGUAGCCCGUGAAAUUCUCUAUCGAAUGGUAUGUAAUAACUGAGGUUUUGUUUGAUUAUGAGAGAAAAAGUUUUUUUACGAAAGUCGGGAUAGGUCAAUAAUCGUAUAGAUAAACAUAGGGAAAAAA